CUCAAACCUUCUUCUUCUUCUUCUCCAAUUACGUGCUCUUGCACGACAGCGUAUACAAUACAAAACAAAGACAUUCUCUCCCAAAUUAACAAAAAUUAUUAAUAAUUUAUUUAUUACAUAACAGUUACAGUUACUUUCACUUCACUAACACCACCAACAACACAAUCUCUUCCCUGCUCUAAAUUUCAAAAAACAAAACCAAAACCAUGUCUUCUCUCCAACUUCACACCCUCAAAUUUCAAUUUGCUCACAUUCCCACUUCGUCUUUAUACAAAUCCCACCGCCUUCAAUCUCUCACCUUCUCUCGCUCACCAUUUUCCGGGAAACUUAAACUGGUUUGGACUUGCCCAGAAACUUGUAAAAUCAAAGGCGAUAAGCGUCUCCGCUCGGUUCCCUGCUUUUGUAAAACCAAGGAUGCUGAGAUUGAAAAGGUUGAAAGUGAAGAACAAAUUGAACGGCCACCGUUUGAUAUCAAUCUCGCUGUCAUUCUUGCUGGCUUUGCAUUUGAAGCUUAUACAAACCCUCCUGAGAACAUUGGGAGGCAGGAGGUUGAUGCUGCUGGUUGUAAGACAGUUUAUCUCUCAGAGUCUUUUGUGCGUGAGAUAUAUGAUGGUCAGUUAAUUAUAAAGUUAAAGAAGGGUAUUGAUUUGCCUGCUAUGGAUCCAUGGGGAACAAGUGAUCCGUAUGUCGUCAUGGAAUUGGAUGGUCAGGUAGUCAAAAGCAAGAUUAAGUGGGGGACAAAGGAGCCAACAUGGAAUGAAGACCUAACUUUUAAUAUAAAGCUGCCAACGGCAAGAAGUCUUCAGAUUGCAGCUUGGGAUGCAAACCUUGUGACUCCACAUAAACGCAUGGGAAACACUGGCUUAAAUCUGGAAUACCUCUGUGAUGGCGACUUGCAUGAGGUGCUGGUGGAGUUGGAAGGUAUGGGACGUGGUGGAAAGUUACAGCUUGAGGUCAAGUAUAAAAGUUUUGAUGAAAUUGAAGAAGAAAAAAAGUGGUGGAAGCUUCCCAUUGUUACAGAAUUUCUUAAGAAAAAUGGUUUUGAGUCUGCUCUAAAAAUGUUUUCCGGCUCUGAGGCCGUGCCAGCACGUCAGUUUGUUGAAUAUGCUUUUGGGCAAUUGAAGUCAUUUAAUGAGUCCAACCCAAUGAAGGAUCUGUCUUCAAACAGUAAUGGAACAGAAAGUUUAGGAAAAUCUGAGAAUGCUGCCCUUGUAAUGGACAGGCCUUCUGAGAUGGACAAUGGUUCAGAAGCCUCUUUGAAUGACACAAGCCGCAGUGAAGAAAGCAAUAUAGAGAAGAUUUACACUGAUAAUGAUGUGACACAAGCUAGCAAUUCUACGCAGUCUAGUAAACAUUUUUGGAAUAACUUUGCUGAUAUCAUCAAUCAAAGUGUUGUUCAAAAACUAGGUCUCCCUGUAGAAGAAAAAUUAAAGUGGGAUGCAUUUGACAUCUUAAACAAAGUUGGCUUACAGUCACGGAAGAUUGCGGAAGCAGGUUAUAUUGAAUCAGGACUGGCAACUCCAGAAGUUAAGGACGACCAUAAUGAUGAAGAAAAUGGUUCACCUAGCAUUAAGACAGUUUCAGACAUAAAGAAGGCUUCCGAGGAUUUGUUAAAGCAAACUGAUUCUGUUUUAGGAGCAUUAAUGGUCUUGACUACAGCAGUUUCUCAAUUAAACAAGGAAGAGGAUGCUACACUCAAAAAUGAAAAGUUCCCUAGCUCAUUGGAGGAUCCAGUAUUUGAUGAAAAGAAAGCUGAGGAGAUGAAAGCACUUUUUUCAUCGGCAGAAAGUGCCAUGGAGGCUUGGGCAAUGCUUGCCACUUCACUGGGCCAACCUAGUUUUAUCAAGUCUGAAUUUGAGAAAAUUUGUUUCUUAGAUAAUGAAUCCACAGAUACUCAGGUGGCAAUUUGGCGUGAUUCUGAAAGGAAGAGAUUGGUCAUCGCUUUCAGGGGGACAGAGCAAGUAAAGUGGAAGGAUUUGCGAACUGAUCUAAUGCUAGCUCCUGCUGGGCUAAACCCUGAAAGGAUCGGUGGAGACUUCAAGCAAGAAGUUCAAGUUCAUAGUGGUUUUUUAAGUGCAUAUGAUUCAGUCAGGAUAAGGAUAUUCUCCAUCAUUAAAGUGGCAAUAGGUUAUACAGACGAUGAUGAUGAGCCAUCGCACAAGUGGCAUGUUUAUGCGACUGGUCAUAGUUUGGGUGGUGCAUUAGCUACCCUUUUUGCCCUUGAACUUUCAUCAAGUAAAUUAGCGAAGUGUGGGGCCAUUUCUUUGACUAUGUAUAACUUCGGAUCUCCCAGAGUUGGGAACAAGAAAUUUGCAGAUGUUUAUAAUGAGAAAGUUAAAGAUAGUUGGAGAGUGGUGAACCAGAGAGACAUAAUCCCUACUAUCCCACGCUGGAUGGGCUACUGUCACGUUGCUCAACCUGUGUACUUCACAACUGGAUAUCUAAAAGAUGCCUUGGAAACUAUGGAGGUUCUAAAAGAUGGUCACCAGGCUGAUGUAUAUGGGGAGUCCACACCAGACUUUAUUUUUAGUGAAUUCAUGAAAGGUGAGAAGGAACUCAUCGAAAAGAUACUGCAAACUGAGAUCAAUAUAUUUCGUUCAAUUCGAGAUGGGAGUGCACUUAUGCAGCAUAUGGAGGAUUUCUAUUACAUCUCAUUGCUAGAGAAUGUGAGAAAGAAUUAUUUAACUGGCAAAAGGUCACGAAAUGAUGAACAAAGUAACAGAUCAAUCAGCUAAGAAAGGUAUGGCUGAAGGCCUGCUUCCAAAUUUCAGUUCAGAGCUUAAUUAAGUUGUUGAUGAGUAUUCUGGGUGGGGGUAGUAUAUUCAGUCAGUGUGCCUGCAACUGCAACUCCUCGAGGAUUUCGCAAUUGAAGUCAGAUUUUAUUGUACAGUCAUUAAUAUUCAAAACCUGUAUAGAUGUACUUUGCACACAAGCUUUUAAGGGAAUUGAUUCAAUAGAAUAUACCAUAAUCACUUUUAAGUUGUUUCAGCCACACGACUUCGUACAUUUUUUUUUUCUUCUAUUAAAUAUCUUUAUAUUUACAAUUAUAUAUAUUGUAAUUUAUUACUGUAACAGUUCAUAUCAAAAUUGCCUUAAGUUGGUACUUAACGCAGA